GACCGUUCACAUGAGACUUCACACAGGCUAGAAGCCGUUUUCUUGCUUCGAUUGUGGCAAGUUCUUCCGGCAAAAAUCCUACCUCAUCGUGCAUCAGAUCACUCAUACAGGGCAAAAAUCCUUUGGGUGCCCUCAGUGCGAAAAGAUUUUUCGUCAGUGGUCGGGGUUGGUGGCCCACCAGAAGACACACUUGGGUUUAAAGUGAUUUGUCUACAAAACAUGCGAGACGUUUUUCUACAGUCAGGCCAAAAUGAAUGA